AUGAGCAUGAAUAGACACAGUUCAAAGAGAACCCAGUUCUCUCCAAACAAUGCACACAAUAGACACCUAUACAGGUGUAAAGUUAAGAAAGAUGACUUCUGAUUAAGGAUCAGAAUCUCCAAAGAUUUAUUUUAUAAAAAUAGUAUCUCAGGACCAGAAGAAAUGUUCAGAACAAGUUCUCACCAAAAUCUAAGUCCAAACACAUUGGCUAUUUCGAAGAGCAAUUAUUUACGAAGUAGAGCUAAGAGAGGCCAUCUCAAUGUUUAUGAGUUGUCUUGUAGAAGAAGGAAAACGACUAAAUCAAGGAAUUCAAAAUCCAAUUUCAUCACACAGUUGAAGCAUAAUAAAAGCACUAACCAUCAACCUUUAGAGAAAUCUCACAUUUUUGUAACCAAGAUAUGAUAUCGGACUCCUAAGAAUUCAAACGAAAACGAGAGAAAAACCGUUUGGCAGUUAAAACUCAGGUCAGGAAAAAUAACUAGCAGAACUUCGCAAACUCUGCUUCCCUUCCAUCCUAAAAAUUCAGAUAAAAUCAAGAGGCAGCUUGGAGCAAGAAAAUUUAGUAACCAACAGAAGUCUUUGAAGAGUACAAACAAAUCUAAUGAGCUGUUAGACAGAUUCUCUCCUAAAAAGCCCAGAAAGCCAAUAGAUUUUUGUGUUAGUAAGAAAGUGGAAGAGUCCAGACAUUCUACCAAGCAUUAUAGACACUCUCCCAAAAAAUGAGUAAAAUCUCAAUGCAUCGUCUGGCAGAUUCCUGCUCAGGACCCUCCGCUACUCGUUCCAAGUAGCAAAGAAGAAGAAACAUCUGAUACUGAUAGCACCAAAGACACCCCCAGUGAUCCUCUUGUGCAAGUUCCAAAGCUUCAAAAAUUCAGGAAUAUUUCUGAAAUAAAUCUAAAAACUAGGAAUGUACUCUUUCAGACUCACGAAAAGACUAAAGAGUGAUCAGAGUCAGAUAGAGAUGACUCCAUCUCUAACAACUUUGUGCCGUUUGACUUUGAACAAUCGAACAACCACAAGAAUGUCCCAGAAAGCCUUAACAUAACAGACUCUGAGGCCUUCAAUUCUGUUUGUGACGAAUUAAACUUUAAAAAUAUUGAGGACUGUGAGGGAUACACGGAUAGAGACUCUGAGUUUGGCCUGAGACUACAUCAAUGCCUUCAUCGAAAGGAAGAUCCUAGCGAAUCUGAUCAUGAAAACACAAAACAAGAGUACUCCCUACUAGAUAGAAUCAAAAACCUAAACUUCCAGUUAUUUUAAAUAAAAAUAACGAAUAAAUUUCAAUCUAAAA